CGCAACUUAUCGCAGCCCUACGAUUGCGAUUUCUUCUCCUUGUUUUCAUCCUUCGCUUUGUUUUCAUCCACACUCUCUUUUGACACUUUGAGGAAGUCGACAUGGCAAUGACGCGGUUCUCGCCAACGAUUUCGUACACGCUCAUUUUGCUAUGUGCGGGGUUCAACAUCUCCAUUUUGGCCUACGAUGGCAGUUUGAUCAACAAUCUCAACAUGAUACCGUCUUAUAUCGAACACUUUAAAUUGGACAACUCCCUUAUCGGCCUUAACUCCGCCAUCAUCAACGCCGGAUGCAUUGCCGCGAGUCCGCUCGUGAGUUUGAUCGUCGAUAGAUGGGGUCGCAAAGCUGGCCUGGCUGCCGGCUCCUUCCUCAUCAUUUUGGGCGCUAUCCUGCAAGCCUCGGCGGCGGCAGAGGCCCAGUUCGUCAUUGGUCGUUUCUUCGUCGGCAUGGCUUCUGAAAUCAACGGCGCUAUCGCCCCUACUUACGUCAUGGAAAUGGCAUCUCCUAAAAUGCGUGGUAUACUUGGAAAUACAGUUAUGGUCAUGGUACCCGUUGCUGCAUUCGCUGUCGGUGGUAUCAUCCUCGGCGUCUACGACAUCGACAGUAAUUGGGCGUGGAGGGGUCCUAUCCUGGUACAAAUGGUCCCUUCAAUCUUCUGUCUCGCCCUCCUUCCUUUUGUUGAUGAAAGUCCCCGCUGGCUAGUAUCCAAGGGGCGGCUGAACGAGGCCUUUGAAAUUUUAGUUCAUCUGCACGGGAACGGCGUCCGGGAUGAUCCCGCUGUGAAAGCCGAGUUUGCGGAGAUGCGCACUACGAUUGAUGCGGAUAAACAGCGAGGCACUGAGGGAGGCUGGUUGACUUUGAUUACACCUGCGUCUAACCUCCGUCGCUUUGCUAUCUGCGUUUUGACAAACGUCUUCUACCAAAUUGUGGGCGGUAACAUGAUUCUCUACUUCUCCUCCUACAUUAUCAUCUCUGCCGGUAUUACCGAGACUCGGAAAACCCUCCUCGUAAACCUUGGUCUCCUCAUCUGGAACAUUGCCGCGACGGCAAUCGGCGCCUUUACCAUCGAGAAGUUUGGGCGGAAGACCUCACUUAUCUGGGGCACCACGCUCAUGUCAGUCUGCUUCGCGAUUCUCUCCGGCCUCGUCUACGGUGCCGAUGCGACAGGCAACGCAUCGUUUGGCGUCGGGGCCAUACUAAUCGUCGCUGUUUUCCUCCUCGGCGCAAGCUGCAGCUGGAUGAUCCUCGCAUACACCUAUCCCCCCGAAGUCCUGCGGUACUCGCAGCGCGCAAAGGGCGUGUCUACAGGCCAAGCCGCCGGCUACCUGGUCGGCUUCAUCAACCUCUACAUGACGCCUACAGCGAUCGAAAAGCUGUCUUGGAAAUACUACGCGAUGAACGGCGCGUGGAACAUUGUCAUCCUCGUCAUCAUCAUCUGGCUCUUCGUCGAAACAAAGGGGAAGAGCUUGGAGGAGAUUGAUGAGAUUUUCGAAGGUAAGGGAUACAAGAGGGUGCAGGAGGGCGAGGCUUUGGGUGGCUUCAUCAGCACCGAGGAGUUGCCGCUUAGGCAGAGGAGAGAGAUUUCUCGGACGAGAAGCGAAGAGAGCGACGGUAAGAAGGCGGGGAGUGACGUCGAAAGUAUGGAUACCGACUACAGAAGGCAGUUGGGAAGUGAUGAGGAAAGUACGAAUACGGAGUACAGAAUGAGAGCCUUGGGUAACGAGAGUUUGGCGAGUGUAGAUACGGAGUACAGGAGAAGGAUGAUGGGGAUGGAGGACGAAGAUCUCUGA